AUGCAAGAUAUCAAUCCUUAUGAGGUGAGCAGACGACGUUUCUGAAGGCGCACCUCCUGUCAACGCCGCGAUGGUGAGCCAAAGCUCACGUUUGGUCUCCUUCUGCUUCUGCAGGAAGCGCGUCUCUACUCCCCUCAUUCGGCAGCGACGAGAGAUGCGUGGGAGAGUAUGGCCACCUUGUUCUCCAUCAUCGUAUCUUUGGAAUACCUAGAGCGAGCUUAUGUCAGGCAUGGCGUGGAUGACAAGACGUGAGUCGUAGCAUCUUCGACUGAUGAUGAUUGUGACGAAGCUUGUGGAUUCGCCCCGGCUGACACUUGCAUCCGUCUCUCGAGCACGCCAGAUACGCGCCCGCAUGUCAGCGACUGCUUGCUCAAUUCAAGACCCUCAUGAAGCUCGUAGCUGUGCCUGAGAGCCAAUCCCCGGAGAGCGUCGGACCUCUAGGGGGCACGAUGGAUGGACCCAUGCCCGUGCGAGAUGUCGCUGAUUUCAUGCAGCGGUACAAGGUGAGAAGUCAAGAUUCACUCUAUCCUGGGCAUCACUAGCGGCUAUCUGACGCCCACUCGACGUAGAUGCACCACACGGCAGCUGCACACCGUCUGGCUGUUGGCGUACCAGCUACGGUGGAGCACGCAUCAUCCUCGGGCUCAUCGGGCGAUGGUAAUGCGAGGGAGAGGGGCAAGAACAUAGCAGAGACGACGCAAGGAUUCAUCACCUUUAUGGAUGCAGUCAAGUUGAAGAUGAGAGCAAAGGAUCAACUGCACCCUCUGCUGGGUGAUUUGAUGGGCGCGUGGACUAGAGCGGGUGGAGAACAGGGAACAAGCAACGAGGCUAGAGCGAAAGUGCUCGGAUGGUGAGUCUUUGUGCAGUGCGAGCCCUGCGUGCACGCAUCGGGUUCUCACGAAGUACUAUUUGGGCUGGCUGCAUGCUACAGGCUCAUCAAGCUGAACAAGAUGGCAGCGGCGGACGAGAUUACGGAUGAGGAAGCACGGCAGGUGAGUUGUGCUCGCGCUUAGUGCACAUUUGAGCAGCUCCGCAAUCAUCUGAGCACCUUGCUGCUCCGUAUAUCAGAUGCUCUUUGACGUGGAGGGCGCAUACACGGCGUGGUUCGCCUCUCUCCAAAGCUGA